CGAUCGGGACUUUCCCGCCGCAGUCUCGCCCCGACGCCAGGGCCCUCGCGUGUGACCUGCCCCUCGCCUCCCUUGGGUGCUUCUGCUCUUGACCCUCUGCCCCUCCACCCCCUUGCAGAGGAGAAGCCGGGGGCCGACAGCGACGCGGAGGUGGAGAAGGCGCCCGAGGAGCGGCCGGUGGCAGCGGCCAGCCCCAGCGGGGAGGACGCGACGCCCCGUGGCAGCCCCCGGUGCCCGGAGGAGCGGAGCAAGGAGAGGCGCAGCCCGGAGAAGGCCAAGGAUGGUGCGUCCCCCCGGGAGGCUCCCGGCGAGGGCCUGUUUGGUACACGGGGCCUGGAGAAGGACAAGGUGGAAGGACGGAGGAAAGAGCCGGACCCGAGCAAGAAGGACGCGGAGGGCGGCGGGCUGGGCAAGGAGGCCUUCGCCCCGCUGAUGGUGCACACGGACAGCCCCCCGCACCUGAGCGCCGGGCACCUGCAGAGCCUGGCGCUCUCCGGCCUCCAUGGGCAGCAGUUCUUCAGCCCCCUUGGCGCUGGGCAGCCCCUCUUCAUCCACCCGGGACAGUUCGCCAUGGCCCCCGGCGCCUUCUCCGCCAUGGGCAUGGGACACUUGCUGGCCUCGGUGACCGGUGGAGGCAGCCUGGAGAAUGGAGCCCUCUCGUCCGCCCCGGGUGCGGCAGGGACAGCCACCCCCUUCCCUUUUCACCUCUCCCAGCACAUGCUGGCCUCUCAGGGAAUCCCGAUGCCCACCUUCGGCGGACUCUUCCCCUACCCCUACACCUACAUGGCAGCGGCCGCGGCGGCCGCCUCGGCCAUGCCGGCCCCCAGCCAGUGCUCCAAGUGGCUUUGUCACUGUUUUCAGUGCAAGUCCAUAGAAACCCUUUUUCCUGCGGGCAGGGAGAGCCUGUGA